GAGCAGGCUUCCGCAGUGGCGGCGCGAUGACCACUCUCCGGGCCUUCACGUGCGACGACCUGUUCCGCUUCAACAACAUUAACUUGGAUCCACUUACAGAAACUUAUGGGAUUCCUUUUUACUUACAGUACCUCGCCCACUGGCCAGAGUACUUCAUUGUUGCAGAGGCCCCUGGUGGAGAGUUAAUGGGUUAUAUCAUGGGCAAAGCGGAAGGCUCGGUGGCGAGGGAAGAGUGGCACGGGCACGUCACAGCUCUGUCUGUUGCCCCGGAAUUCCGACGCCUUGGUCUGGCUGCUAAGCUUAUGGAGUUAUUAGAGGAGAUUUCAGAAAGAAAGGGUGGAUUUUUUGUUGAUCUCUUUGUAAGAGUGUCUAACCAAGUUGCAGUCAACAUGUACAAGCAGUUAGGCUACAGUGUGUACAGGACCGUCAUAGAGUACUAUUCGGCCAGCAACGGGGAGCCCGAUGAGGAUGCUUAUGAUAUGAGGAAAGCACUUUCCAGGGACACUGAGAAGAAAUCCAUCAUACCAUUACCUCAUCCUGUGAGGCCGGAAGACAUUGAAUAACCAUGAGCAGUGGUUCUUAGGCUGAUGAUGCUCCAGAUAUUUUAUGGACAAUAUUAUUUUCAUUAGAUGAUCCUGGAGCUCUAUUAGGAGAAAAGGGAAUCGUUUAGCUCUUAAAGACUUCAAGAAAAAAACAGGUUAUAAACUUAAGUCUUGUUUCCUAUUAGCAAUAUCAUACCUUCUAAAGCUGUCCACUGUAAUAAAAUUCAGCCAAAAAAGGCAGCUAGGUCAAAAGGAAACAUUCCACUGUUAUGGUUCAUAAUGUAAUAUUCAUGGUAUGCUAGGGAAAAAGCUUGCUCCAAUCUCCUCCUAAAUUCUGUGCCUGAGAACCACUGCUGCAUAUAUAUUUUUUAUUUUGUAUUGAACUGUUAAUUGAAGCUUUAAAAGCAUAUAUGAAAUGUGUAAAUCUAAGAUGUAUAAUAAAAUGCACUGUUG